AGGCGAGACUCUGUUGCAAAGCGGACCCGCGAGGUUGCACGCUUCGACCCCACCCCCGUGGUGGGUCCUGACCGGGACGGUCCGGGACUCGUUAGCCGCUGCCGGCCGUGAGUGAUUAGCGGGCCAGGUCCCCGGCUCGGCGCACGCCGGGAGAGCGAAGCACCGGUCGGACCCGCCGCCCCCACCGCGGGCCUGGCUGGUAGCCAACCACCCCUAGCCUCUUCGCCUGAGCUCGGCGCCCCAGAGAGGAUUAAAAACUAUUUUCCAAGGAGGUGGCCACUUGCCCAGGUCGGGGGGGGGGCCCUUGCUGAGAUCGUCCUGAUGUCAGGAGUGAGUGGACAGGUUGACUGACUCCAGGCUGUCCCUUGGUUGGGCAUUUCCUGUGUCAGCAUGAACUCCAGGAUCCCAUCUGGCCGGGACUGGUUCAGCAGUCGCCCACCCACGCCUGAGUCUGACCUGGAACCUCCCACCGAUGGGCCAACCUCCGAGACCACCACCCUCAGUCCGGAAUCUACCAGCUUUAAUGACACCAGAGUCCCUGAUGUGGAUGGAGGCCCUGGAGGUGUGGCCACAAUGCUUCUGUCCUUUGGGAUCAUCACGGUGAUUGGCCUGGCCGUAGCCAUGGUUUUGUACAUCAGGAAGAAGAGGAGGUUGGAGAAGCUCCGCCACCAGCUCAUGCCCAUGUAUAACUUCGACCCCACGGAGGAACAAGAUGAACUGGAGCAGGAACUGCUGGAGCAUGGGCGGGAUGCAGCCUCCGUGCAGGCCCUGCAGGCCAAGGUCCCGCGCCCCUCUCAGGGCCCAGUGCAGAGGCCCAGCCGGCUGGUGUUCACCGACGUAGCCAACGCCAUCCACGCUUGAGUGACCCCUGAUGAGGACGCAGUGCCCGCAGCGCCCAGAGCUCCCACUCCACGACUGUUAAGACCUUCUCUUGGGACUUGUCCCGCUGAAGCCCCAGCUAUUCCUCGGCCUGCAGCCCAUGUGCCGGCUCAGCGACAGGCCCCUGAGCAGGCCAGGCCCCUCUGUGCUUGGAUCUGAGGCCCCAGGAUAGAGGCCGUCCCUUGGGUCAGCAGGGUUGAGAGGUGCUGGCUACAUCAUCUCCUGCCCAGACCCCUCAAAUCAGGGUCUGCUCCUCUGAUGUGGCAGAGAAGGUGGGAGAGAAGGAGCUUCCCUUAGUCAGGGGAAGAUGCUUUGGGGAUCAGUAGCUUCCCCUGGAGAGGCCACAGGUGGCACAGGUCUCAGAACCAGGGUAAGGUGGCACCCGGGAGAGGCCCUGGGAUGCAGGUGAAAUGCCUCAGGCCUAGGGCCCUGGAAGAGGGGUGCCAGUCCCCGAGGACCAUCUCUAUCACAGAGCAUCCCAGGGGUAUCCCAGCCAUUAUCCCUGGAAGCGGGGAUCUGAAGAGGGAGGAGAGGGGCAGCAGGGAUGAGGGAUGCAGCCCCCAGAUCUAACACGCCUCAUUCACCAAUGUGCAAAAGUGGGCCAGCCAGAGGGUCGGAGAGAGCCGGGCUGCCUGUGCAGUAUGGGGUAGACCACCCUACCCUCUGUGUCCAGGGCAGGGUGAGAGGGCCACCCUGGCAUCUGUUUGUUCGGGUAACCUGCUUCAGAAAUCAGGUUCCUGUUUUGGUCAACUUGUGGAUCUGGGGCAGCGGGAGAGGCUGCUACGGAAGGGUGGUGGUCCAGAGCUGUGGAAAAUUUCUGAGCAUCGGAAGCCAGGUCGCGACAGCCCCCUAGAAACAGGCCUGAGCAUCCCAGGCUGUUCUUUGGUCCACCCAGCCCACCCCCAGCCCCCACCUUUUCACCCUCAGGCUUCUGACAAUCUGUGGCAUCUGGGCAAGUCUUGGGCCAAGCCCCAGA